CAGAAAGAAGCGGCUUGCUAGUUGGACGGGGCGCUGGGACGGGGUCUGCAUCGGCCAUGGCCACGCAGGAAAGCGGGCUGUGUCAGCUCUGCGGCCGGACGCCCACAGAUCCGGUGACCCUCGGCUGCGGUCACGCCUACUGCGGUGACUGCGCGCCUCGGUACCGGGGUGCGGAGGGCGCCGUGUGCACAUGGUGCAGCAUCGGACUGGAGCAGAGGGUUCGCCUUCCGUCGGAAGAGGCCGAGGGAUUCGGACGCCGGGGCUCCGAGAAGCGGCAGAAGACGGCCGUCAGGCCCCUGUGCGAAGAGCACCAGGAGGAGGUAAAACUCUUCUGCGAGACGGAGAGAAAAAUGAUCUGCGUGAACUGCCUGGACAGGAGGGACGAGCGGAGUCACACCUCCCACAACUUCAUGCUUUUGAAUGAGGCGGUGGAUAUCUUUAGGGAGAAAAUAAACAACGUCAUAUACUCGCUGAAACAGAGGAAAACUACCUUCCAAGAUUUCGAGCUAAAGCAGCAGGAAAACAUCUCGGACAUUAAGGAACAGUCAAACAAAGUACAGAUGCUGAUCGACUCUGAGUUCGCCAAACUGCGAAGUCUUUUGGACGAGAAGGAGAGAAGCCUUGUCAGGGAGCUUAACGAGGAAAGAGACGACAUCUUGGGGAGGAUGGAGACGAACCUGCGGGAAAUUCGCGACAGUUCACAGGACACCCAGCAAAGGCUUUCGGAUACAGAAAAGCAGCUCAGCCAACAGGACGCCUUCAGCUUGCUGAUCGUAAGGCAACCACUAACGAUUCAUGGAAAAGUCACAGCACAGAAGCAGGUCCUGCAUCCAAGGCACUUUCACCAAGGUCACGUCAACUCUCCUCUCCACUUAUGCCAGCUUAGCGACCGUGUCAGACCACAAUCCCUCUCAACCCCAUUCACCUGCCUUUUCCCCUUAGCCUUUGACGCCCAAACUAAUCAAGAACCAUUGGAUUAUACUUCUCAGGAUCGAAGUGGACGAUCAUGGCGUCUUCUGUUCCUUGUCAUGAACUUCGCUCUCUGCAAAACUUUGCUGAACCGCAUUCCUCGCUGUCGGAUCUCCUUGAAGAUCUCACCUGCCCAGUCCGCUGAAGCCGUCUUCGCCUGCCUGGACAGGUGUUUCUCUGCCUCACUGGGGCACCGGCUGCCCUCGCCUGGUCUGGCCCACCUGUCGAAGUGGUGUGGCCGCUGUCACGUGCAAACAGCUACUUGGAGCUUCAAUGGUGCCGAGUGUCCAGUGGGGAACAAAAGUGACGAGGAAGAGUACUACCCAAAGAUAGUCGAGGGCAGCCUGCCCCUGGGAGCUUUCCAAGGACCCACUCAGUACAGAGUGUGGAGACACGUGAAAGACAUCAUCCACCCAGGUACUCCUCCCGUGGCGGAGACCAGUCUCCUUCUCCGGGUGACUCUGCCAGUCACACCUCAGCUACCCAUGCUCCAGGGUGGCACAGUGCUGGAGCAGAGCAACCCGGAGGAACUGGACGGAAGCUAUACGAACAUGGCGUCCCGGGAGCAGUUCACGCGUCUGACCGACCUGGCCACCUGUCCCAUCUGUCGUGACCUGUUCACCGCUCCGAUUACCCUGGGCUGCGGGCACAACUUCUGCCGCUCCUGCAUCACCCAGUGUUGGGAAAGGGAGGGGAGAAAUUCCUGCCCGGAGUGCGGAGAGGAGUUUGCGGCACGUAGCUUCCGCGUAAAUCAGGCCUUAGCGAGCUUGGCCGAGAUGGUUCAAAAGAUCCCCGUGUGUCCCAAAGAGGAAGAGAGGCCGCUCCGCUGCGAGGAGCACCAGGAAGAACCGAAGCUGUUCUGUGAAACCGACAGCAAGCUGAUCUGUUACUCUUGCGUGGCGGCGCGGGAACACAGGGAGCACCGCUUCCUGCCGAUUAAAGAGGCCGUGGACGCCUACAAGGACCGGGUGAAAUCUGCCCUGGACUCCCUGGCGCAGGUGAAGUCAGAGAUUCUGAGGAAGGAACAGGAGCAGAGGAGGAGUAUUUGCCGAGUCAGGGAUGAUUUACGGAGACUGCAGACCCACAUUGCAACCGAGUUCACCAAAAUGCACCAGAUCCUCACCGAGAAAGAAGGGCUUUUAAUCAGAGGUCUGACUGAGGAUGGCGAGAGGAUUCUAAACACAAUGGAGGAAAAUCUACGACACAUUCAAGAUCAAUUGCAGUCCGUUGAGAACGAGUUCUCCACCUUGCAGAAACAUUUGGAGCAAGACGAUAGUCUGGUCUUUCUGAAGGAGGAGGUUAGUUGGAAGAACAGAUGCGGUGAUGCUGAUCACUCGGUGUCUGUGGUCCAGAGCGGCCUGUCUCUGGAAAAGUUCUGCGGCCCUCUGCAGUAUAUUGUGUGGAGAGAAAUGAUUAACGCCAUUAACCCCGCUCCAGCCUCUCUGACGGUGGAUCCGAACACAGCGAACCCCUGGCUCAUUGUGUCUGAGAACCGGGCCAGUUUAAGGCUCGGAGCAAAAAAGCAGCGGGUCCCAGACAACCCGGAGCGGUUCGAUCCCUGUCCGUGUGCACUGGGAUCGGAGGGAUUCCGAUCAGGGAGGCACUACUGGGAGGUGGAGGUGGGAGGCAAGACUGAGUGGGAGAUUGGGGUGGCCCGAGAGACCGUGGAGAGAAAAGGGCAAUUCACUCUGAGCCCCGAGAACGGACACUGGACCAUAGGGCUGGAACCCGAAGGAGACUUGGUUGCCUUUACAGCGCCUUCCGAGACAUCCCUCUCCUGGAGAGAGAAACUCCAAAGAAUCGGCGUGUUCCUGGACUACGAGGGUGGCCAGAUAUCGUUCUACAAUGCAGGUGACAUGUCCCAUCUCUACACCUUCUGCCAAACGUUCACCGGGAGACUCUUCCCCAUCUUCAAUCCGGGACUGAAUGAUGACGGGAAAAACUCGUCCCCGCUGACAGUUUUGGGCCACCGUUGAGCCCGUCACCCUCGCUGCCCUCUUACCCCCGCUGGGCAGAAGUAGGCCACUCCAGGAUCAACACCCAGCAUGCCGCCCCGUAGCGCAAGCCGGUGGGAGCCGCAAAUACAGUAAUACUUUGUUCGUCCAUAGAACACUUUUCAUACAGGCAAUGUAGCUAUUUACAGUGGGAUAUAAGGUACACAUGAGAAAAUAAAGUAAAUAAAAACAUGAAAAUAAAAGACAAAAAGAUGUUAGUUAAAAGCAACGAUAAAUAAAUAGGCUUUGAACUGGCAUUUAAAAGUGUCAAGCAACACACACAAAAUACUGGUGGAACACAGCAGGCCAGGUAGCAUCUACAAGGAGAAGCACUGUCGACAUUUCGG